CUGCUCCUUCCCUCGUGGGAACAAAAGCUAACUUGUAUAUUCGAAACAAAUUGGUACUCCUACUUUCGAAUUUGCGCAAAAACAAAAUCUAACAGGAGAUCCAAGGUAGGAUCAAGGGCAUCAUGAGUUAUGGAGGUGGAGUUGGUUACGAUCGUCACAUUACCAUAUUUAUUACUACUAUUUUCCCCCCGAAGGUCGUCUCAACCAGCUAGUCGUGUGCCAGACAAGCCCACACCAUUGAAUCUUCGUUGUCAAUCUAAGGAUGAUGAUAUUGGAUACCAUACUCUCCAUACUGGUCAAGACCUCCGUUGGAGUUUCAACCGAAACUUUUGGGGAACAACUCUAUUUUUUUGUCAUUUCUAUUGGGGCUCCAAAACUAGAGUAUUUAAUGUCUAUGAUAGUAGCAUCAAUUACGAUUACUGUCUUAUGACUUCCAAGGGUCAUAGAACUUGCUAUUGGGAGGUAAGACCAGACGGUUUCUAUGUUAGCGGAAAUCAAAAGUCUUGGGAGCUAAUGAAUCUCUGGGCAUGAUUACUAGUUUGUUGUGAUUAUAUAUAUGGUCACUAAUUAAUGCAUGAGUCGU